GCUAUUACUGCGCAUGCUUAGUGCGAGCUCAAGCGCGGUUUGCCAGGCACAUGCCGGGGCUUGGAGCAACUGCGGCAGCGGGGCCGGGAGGCAGGAGAACAAAGCCCAGAUCCCGGGGGCGGGGCUCUGGCCCAGACCGGACGCUGCUGUUGUCGCCGUGUGACCCGGGAGCCCGGGCUGAGCAGCUAUUGCUCCCCGGGGUCUGUGCGGGGGGAGUCCGGCAUUAACCCCCCCGUGCCCGGCCGGGGGGGGGGGCGGCUUUCUCCAGCUGGGACCCGCCCCCUGGGUGGCCCCGGGCAAUACCCUCACCAGCCCUCGGACCAGACCCCCCUAGCUGCAGAAUGACGUCCAUGUUUUGCUCCAGCUCAUCCCGUCCUCCCAUGGGACAGAGGAGAGAAAUGGCUGCAGAGGAGCCAGUUCAGAGGCUGGUGACCUUCGAGGAGGUGGCUGUUUAUUUCACCAGGGAAGAGUGGGCUCUGCUGGACCCCGUUCAGAGAGCCCUCUACAGAGACGUCAUGCAGGAGAAUUAUGAGAAUGUGACCUCGCUGGGGUUUCCAGUUUCCAAACCUGAUGUGAUCUCCCAGCUAGAACAAGGGGAAGAGCCAUGGGUCCCAGACCUCCAGGAUUCAGAGGAAAGAAAGAUCUUGAAAGCUCCCUGCACAGUUGAGGAAACAUUAAACCAACUCAGAAUCUCAGGUGAUGCAAUGGUAUGUGAGAAUGAGGAGCAGAAUUCUCAGCCAGAAAAUGUUGAGCAAGUGGAUAACCACAGAGCAUUAUCACCAAGAUCAAAAAGGAAUUUGUCCAGGAGUCUUGAUCAGGGAAAAUCUUGUGAAAUUCAGCACAGACCAGAGAGAGAGCAGGGAAACCAGCCAGGGGAGAAAGUGGGUCAAUUUAUUUCCUGUUGGGGAACUCAGAAGGGCGUCAAGGAAACCACAACACAGCAGGAAAUCCUCAGGAGAAAGAGGAAAAAUACAUGCACUGAGUGUGGGAAAAACUUAACUCAAAGAUCAGGCCUUUUUCACCAUCAGAGAAUCCACACAGGGGAGAGGCCCUACGAAUGCAGUGAGUGUGGGAAAAGCUUCACUCAAAGAUCAGCCCUUUCUGGUCAUGAGAAAAUCCACACAGGGGAGAGGCCCUACGAAUGCACUGAGUGUGGGAAAAGCUACACUCACAGAUCAGCACUUUCUGAACAUCAGAGAGUCCACACAGGGGAGAGGCCCUAUGAAUGCAGUGAGUGUGGGAAAAGCUUCACUAGCAGCUCAGCCCUUUCUGAACAUCAGAGAAUCCACACGGGAGAGGCCCUAUGAAUGCCGCGUGUGUGGAAAAUGUUUCACUAGCAGCUCAGACCUUUCUAAACAUCAGAGAAUCCACAUAGGUGACCGGCCCUAUAAAUGUAUUGAGUGUGGGAAUACUUUCUCUUGGCACUCAGCCUAUAUUAGCCAUCAGAGAAUCUGCAAUGGAGAUUAACACCAUAAAAACGUCUAAGUCAAUCAAUAUUUUUUUUCUUUAAUACUUUUCCUGAUUCCCACAUAGUAACUUCUAAAGCUGUUUGAACUGUUUGCAGCACUGUUAUCCCUCAGCUUGUCCAGAUGAGUGGCCCAUUUUUGCCUUUUGCAGUUUGCCCUCUUUUUAGGUGGACCUAUUUGUCCUUUCUAUUGUCCCAUGAAUAAUCUGAGUGUGCUCUUCCUAUCAGGAACUAGGGAGCAUCACAAUUCUCCUAUUGUAAAGUUAUUGUUAGAGUCACCAAUGAUACAGUUUGAUACAAAUGAUACAGAUCGUAUCAUUUCCAGUUGUUCUCAUGUUGCUCUGGGUUUUGCUGAAGAGCAGUUAUAUUGGGAACUUUUCAAAUUAUAUUUAAAUGAAGAGGAGCAGGGGUCAGAAAAAAAGAGGAGCUGGGACCCCAGACCAGGGGUGCAGGUGGGAA